AUGCAACAACUCAAGAAGCAAUGGUCGGCUGACGACCUUCAAAAGGGCUCGUCGACGGUAAACAUCAUGGAACGAAGAGCCAGGCUGGCGUCUCCAACAAAAAAUAGGCCCCUUUCGAACCAAAGCUUUGAUUUCCAGAGCCUUCUACCUUCUCCUCCUAAAGACUUGUGUCUACACGAUGACAUUGCUUCCAAGAUCUCCAAUGGGUCUUUGUCCCCAGAGCAAAUCAGACGCCUUUCGAAGUCGCCAAUUGCUAAAAAGUUGCACAUUUCGAGCUCCCAGUACGCUCUUCCCAUCCCCUUCAAGUUGCAGUUGCCUCCAAGACUUAGCUCAAAGUCGGCCCCGGCGUCUCCAGAGCCUUCGAGAGGACGGGUAGCCAAAUCUAUCAAACCGGCCGAAAAGGCCCUUCCUCCGUCUCCAGGCAGCGCUUUCCCAAGGAAACUAGUAUUCAAUGGAGCAAAAUAUGAGCCCGCAGAUUCGUCUGAGUCCGAGCAAGAAUUGUCUUUUUUGAAACCGUCAACUCCUCAGAAGCCACCAGCAACCAUCACUAAUAGAAAGAAGGUGGCACGUUUCGCUAUAAAACACCAGUCUAUGCCUCUGGACCAGUUGAGUAUGAUAGAAGAGGCCUCAAAUGCUGGAAGUUUCAACUCCAGAGCAUCCAGUACUCGUCUGAAGACCUUGCCCACUCUUCCAAAGGCCAGCGAGGCCAAUGCUUCUCCUGAUGACAACCAUAACGUGAGCACAGGCAUGUCAGAACCAUUUUCAUCCCCCAAAUCAAGAAACGUCCUGAGGAAACCUCCGCCAGAUUUGGAGCUGCCCAUUCCUGUUGCACUUAAUAAACCCAAGUUGGACUUGGUUCCUCCACCGCCCCCGCCCAUUCAGCUCCCCACCUCGGUUUCGACACCCAUGUUGUCACUGCGGAAUCAUGGCCAGGAUAAUUGGUCUUCGGCCGACUCUAGCUUCAGCUUUCCACGGAAGCUUGAAACAAGAGUUGUCACGGAAGCACCUCGGAGACGCCCAGACUCGUUUCCCUCUUCUUCAACUAACGAGAUUGAGGUUUUCCCUAAAACACCUGAGCCGGUAUCUUCCCCAGACGAGAAUGUUCAAAAUAAGUCCAAGGAAGAUGAUUUUGAGGUGUUUCCUCUGUCGCCUAACGAGGAGUCAUCUACUCAACACACCCUCAAACACAGUCAUGCAUGCCAUCAUAAUCUUAAUCUCGGGGAUUCAGCUUAUCUCAAGAUUUCCAAACGAAACUUUUCAGAUGAGUCCAAAGUCUCUUCGAUCAGUUCUUUCAGUUCACUCGGCGACGCUCUAAAUUUAGAUCGUGACCCUGCCGUUCGUUUAUUCAACCGCGAUCAAACCGCCCUUUCUGCUAAUAUUGCCAAGUAUCUUAAUGAGCCUAGAAGAGGCUCUUCUACGAGGUCAGCGGCCUCGACUAGAUCCGAUGCAAGUCAGUCGUCAUGGAAUUCACUUCAAAGAAGUGUUGACUUCAGUAUCCGUGAGUCUGCAUCUUCUUCAGAAAGAUCCUCCUUAUCAAGCAAAUCGAAAAAGAAGGCCCAACUCAACAAAGAGCUUCCUUUGCCGCCAGAGGAACUCGAGUUGGAAGGCGAUAGUCUCAGUGAGCAUUUCGAGAUACCAAGACAUCUCAACAUUGCUAAGAAGGAGAGUAUGAAGUCACCGGCACUGAAUGUAUGUGAAGUUGCCUCUGGUACUUCGGAAAAAGAGCUUGACAUUGUAUCCAAGGAUGACGUACAUCUUGAGUCAAUGAUCAACAAGCCUAUCGAAGACAAACUAUCCGAGAGCGAGAAAUCUGAAGCUCAAGAAAAUGCAUAUGAAAAUGAAGAGAGAUCCGAAGAUAAUGAAGAAGAGGAGGAGGGUGGCGAUGAAGAAAGUGAAUUCUCAAAGGAUUCAGCCUCUUCUCUAGAUGACGGUAAUAGUGGUGUUGGAAGAGGUUUCAGCUUCCCUAAUGAUAUGUCCAAUAUCACCAAUAGCGAAGAAGCAAAAAGAAGAUUGGAACAUCAGAGACACAUAAACGGAAGCUCAAGGCGUCAGAGUCUUAAUAGAAAACUUGAGCAAAUUGAAAUUCCUAAUCUUGAUGAUCCUGACACUCUUCGAAAGUUCCCCGUAAAAGAAACAAGACAUCACGGUAUAAGCUUUAAUGAUCUUCAGCAAGUCAAGAUUAAAGGUUUGGAGAAGGAGAAUGAUUCGGUUAUCGAGCCCAUUGGUAUUCCUAGUCUGGCCGCAAAGCAGCAUUUCAGUCAGAUGUAUGGAGGCAGCUCAGAUUCUGAUUCAUCUUUUGAAGCAAGCAGCAAGACAAGCAAACCUUACAAGGCUCCGCUUAGCAAUUCAUCGAAGCCGAUGCCUUCUAGUGUUUCUCUUGCAGCAAUUGCAAGCAGGAAAUCUCCGAUUCGUCAUGCCCGUCAUCGGCUGAUGUACAAUUUCGACUUCGCUGAUAUCUUUCAAGAGCCCUCUCCUCAGAGCAGCGCCAAAACAAACGGGCAUUUGAAGGGGCACAAGGCAUCAAAGUCAAUAUCAGUUCCUCUGGAGGCACUGAAGGAGGCUAAGAAAGACAAAACAAAAAAUGCAACAGCGGAUGCUGAGAGCUUUCCAGCUGAGAAGCCUCCUCAAUCUGAGAGUGACAAGGAACAGCCCCUCAAUAUUGUCGUUGCCGAACCCCCAAAAAGAGUGGAGUAUGCAGUGGACUUCAGAGACGCUACAGCUGCUGACACGCAACAAUUCUCAAGCACCUUUGGCAACGCGUACUAUCAACGUCAAAUGAGCACUAAUUCAAGACGCAAUCUUCAUACACCAAGUGUCAAUUCAAAUAGCAGGAGCUCUCAGUCAAAGUUUUCGGACUCGUUGGUGACAGCAAGGGAAACAAUCUCUACUGCUCCGACUGACACAGACAGUAUUACCAUUGACCUCACUAAAGAAGAGUAUAAUGUUUGCAUGAUCAAAAGAAGCGAUUCAUUACUCUCAUAUCGCUCAGUCAUUGAAAAGCGUGACGGCAAACCCGUUGAAGUUGUCUUGGUUGACGAAGAUGAUAAUCAAACUACCUUACAUAGGCCAACUCCAGAAGAGAGGGAUGAUCUUCUGAGUAUUUAUUCAAGAUAUAUGACUGGUUGGGAGAGGAUGAAGCGCCCAAUGAGAACACCUUCACAAAAGCUGGCUGCUUCUGAGGCGAGUGAUGUGAGUGGAAAAAGUUGGGCUAAUUCAGAGUCAGGCUUUCAGGUAAAGACUUUAGACUCACCACGCCAUGGCAAAGGCAAUCAACAAAUCAGAAAGGCAACGAUGCCUAAUAUUAAUACUUUACGGGAGUACCCGAUGGUUAAUAAGACGAUGGCAAGCAAGAGAGUUCACCUGACACCUAAACUCGGUAAGGGACCUUCUUUAAAUAGGGGGACCAACGUGGACUACUUUGACUACAAUGGUACUGAAAAAUACGACUUUGAUUCGUUCAUGAAACAAAGGCUUUGA